AUAUAUAUGGUAAUAUCACUUGCUUUACCCUUAGCAACUAUACUAUACUAAUAUAUAUAUAUAUUAGUAAUAGUAAAUGGUUAUAUUCAAAUUAAUUCAAAAAGAAUAUAAUCAUGAUGCACAAAUUAUAUUUAUAUGGAAAUUACAAAAACUUACUCAUAUAUUAGAAUAUGAGGAUAUUUUAAAGAAAUUACAUGAAUUAAAUAAUUUCAAAUAUAAAGAUUAUAUUAUUCAAUGGAAUUAUAAUCAUAAUCUAUAUCAAAUUACAAAUACAGAAGAUUUAAAAAAUGCACUUAAACAAUUAUAUCGUAAAUAUAUCAAAGAACGAUGUAUCCGAUUACAUAUUACACCAUUAUCAUAUUAUCAUGAAUAUGGACCACCGCCACCGUAUGAAAUUACUUCUCCUUCUUCUUCUUCUCCAUUAUUAUAGUUUAUAAAUAAUUUUUAUAUACAUAUGAAAAAAAGAAAAUUAAAUCAUACAUAAAUU